AUGUCCAGCUCAAGAAUAUCUGUCGCAGCAUCGCGCGGCCUCUUCCGUUCUACACCUCAAGCCCUCCCCCCCUCAGUCUCACAUUGGUAUUCCUCAGCAGCACCAGCUACAGCUUCAAUCGCAGCACGACACAAUCGCAAGGCUCCCACUUUUGGCUCCGCCUUCCAAACCAGACGCACAAUGGUUACCUUCAACAAGAUCAAGGUCAAGAAUCCCAUCGUGGAGUUGGAUGGCGAUGAGAUGACCCGGAUUAUCUGGAAGGACAUCAAGGAGAAAUUCAUUCACCCAUAUCUAGAUAUCGACUUGAAGUACUACGAUCUGGGGCUCGAGUAUCGGGACCAGACCAACGACCAGGUUACAAUUGAUUCCGCCGAGGCGAUCAAGAAGUACAGUGUUGGUGUCAAGUGUGCUACUAUUACCCCAGAUGAGGCCAGAGUGAAGGAAUUUAACCUCAAGCAAAUGUGGUUGUCCCCCAACGGUACCAUCAGAAACGCAUUAGGAGGGACCGUCUUCAGAGAGCCCAUCGUCAUCCCCCGCAUCCCACGUCUAGUCCCUGGCUGGAAAAAGCCCAUUAUCAUCGGCCGUCAUGCCUUCGGCGACCAAUACCGCGCCAAAGACAUGGUCGUCAAGGGGAAUGGCAAGUUGAGCAUGGUCUUCACCCCAGAAGGCGGCAAGCCAGAAGUAAUCGAAGUCUUCGACUUCAAGCAGGGCGGCGGGGUAGCACAAACACAAUACAACACCGAUGACAGCAUCGAGGGAUUCGCACAUGCUUCUUUCAAGCUGGCCUUGAGCAAGAGCCUCCCACUGUAUAUGAGCACCAAGAAUACCAUUCUGAAGAAAUAUGACGGCCGGUUCAAGGAUAUCUUCCAGGAGAUCUACGACAAGGAUUACGCCAAGGAGUUCGAGGAGAAGAAGAUCUGGUACGAGCAUCGCCUUAUUGAUGAUAUGGUUGCUCAGAUGAUGAAGAGCUCAGGAGGUUACAUUAUGGCUUUGAAGAACUACGACGGUGACGUCCAAUCCGACAUCGUUGCACAAGGCUUUGGCUCCCUCGGCCUCAUGACCUCCGUUCUCAUCACCCCCGACGGAAAGAGCUUCGAAGCCGAAGCCGCCCACGGAACCGUAACCCGCCAUUACCGCGAGCACCAAAAGGGCCGCGAAACCUCCACGAACCCAAUCGCCUCGAUCUUCGCCUGGACCCGCGGACUCAUCCAGAGAGGCACACUCGACAACACACCUGAAGUCGUCGCCUUUGCCGAGAGCCUGGAGCAGGCUUGUAUCGACACAGUGGAUGUCGAUGGCAUCAUGACCAAGGAUUUGGCCUUGGCUUGUGGGAAGACAGGACGUGAGGAUUAUGUUACUACCACCGAGUAUAUGAAUGCUGUUGAGAGACGGAUGAAGAGCAUCUUGAAGCAGAAGUUGUAG